AUGAAUAAAUUUAGAUUUUAUUCAAUCUAUGUGAUGAUUAUUGACGAAGCCCACGAGAGGACUCUGCACACCGACAUUUUAUUUGGAUUAGUCAAGGAUAUCGCCCGGUUUCGUCCUGACCUAAAGUUACUGAUUUCCAGUGCAACCUUAGAUGCUCAGAAGUUUUCGGAGUUUUUUGAUCAAGCUCCUAUAUUUAGGAUACCAGGCAGACGCUUUCCGGUGGACAUCUACUACACAAAAGCCCCGGAAGCGGACUACGUGGACGCGUGCGUCAUCUCCAUCCUCCAAAUCCACGUCUCCCAACCUUUGGGCGACGUCUUGGUAUUCCUGACGGGUCAGGAGGAGAUCGAAACCUGCCACGAACUCUUACAGGACCGCAUUAGACGAUUGGGCUCGAAAGUUCGAGAACUUCUCAUUUUACCGGUAUACGCGAACCUGCCGAGUGACAUGCAAGCGAAAAUCUUCGAACCGACGCCACCUGGUGCCAGGAAAGUGGUACUGGCCACCAAUAUUGCCGAAACGUCGUUGACCAUUGACAAUAUCGUUUACGUGAUAGAUCCGGGAUUUGCCAAGCAGAAUCAUUUUAAUUCCAGGACGGGUAUGGAGAGUCUGAUGGUGGUGCCGAUAUCGAAGGCGUCGGCCAAUCAGAGGGCUGGGAGGGCGGGCAGGGUUGCUGCCGGCAAGUGUUUUAGGUUGUACACAGCAUGGUCGUAUAAGCAUGAGUUGGAGGAUAAUACAGUGCCGGAGAUCCAGAGGAUCAACUUGGGAAAUGCUGUUUUAAUGCUGAAAGCUUUGGGUGAGUUUGUUUUCAAUGAUAAAAUUUUGUAAUUAAAGGUAUAUGGA